AUGGAGGAGCUCCCCAAAGCAGCCGUCCAGCUGCUGUACUCGGUCAGCCCGGCUCAUCUGUGCCAGACCGGUUUCACACUCGCAUCAUGCGCCGUCCUGGCCGUCGCGGUCGCGCCCACCAGGGAGCGCAAGCUUCUGGUCAACUAUGGAGCUCGGAGCCAAGGGGACUCGACAACAGUUGCCGCCGCCGCCGCCGCCGCUGUCGGGCAAAAGGAUGAUGACAUCCGGCUUAGAUCGGUCAGGAAGCUUACCUCCUUGGGCCAGGUCCCUCACAUGUGGUUCUUCACGUUCUACGCGACUUACAUUCUAUGCGCACUCUUCUGGGCCAGCCAGUGUCUUUUCAACGGUAGAGCCUUGCGCUCCAUAGCUAGUUGGCAGGUCGAGCUCGAGCCAUCGGGACUGGCGAAUGGCCACGUCACUGUGGCGUGGUGCUUGAUGCUUCUCCAGGCUGCAAGACGGCUGUACGAGUCCUGGGCUUUUGCGAAGCCUUCCAAGUCCACCAUGUGGAUCGUCCAUUGGGUACUUGGCCAGCUGUUCUACGUGGGAAUCAGCGUGGCCAUCUGGAUCGAGGGAUCUGGCGCCAUCUUGCAGAAUCAAUUGCCGUCCUUCACACUGGAUCUCACGGCGGGCGCGAUUUUCAAGGUGGCCAUCGCGGUGCCUCUCUUCUUCUUCGCCUGGACGUCACAGUACCGCUGUCACGAGUAUCUGGCGGGCCUCAGAAAGUAUUCACUACCUGACAAGGGCAUGUUUCGACACCUGAUCAGUCCCCAUUACACUUGCGAGUGCUUGAUUUACUUGUCAUUGGCAAUUGUCGCAGCCCCGGAGGGACACUUGUGUAACCAGACGCUGCUGUCCGCGCUGAUUUUUGUGGCUGUGAACCUUGGUGUGACAGCGCGAGGGACCAAGAGCUGGUAUGUCGAUAAGUUUGGGUCGGACAAAGUGGCGCGGAAGAAGGUCAUGAUACCCUUUGUGUACUAA